CCGGCGGUUGGUGCAGUGCGCGGGGACCCGCCCUCCGUGGACCUCAACAAAACCCCAGCGGCACCCGAACAGCGGGACUCGAACCCAGGACCCAGGACCCAGUCCCGGACCAGCCGACCGCCGGCAUGCCGAACUGGGGAGGAGGCAAGAAGUGUGGCGUCUGCAAGAAGACCGUUUACUUUGCCGAGGAGGUUCAGUGCGAAGGCAACAGCUUCCACAAGUCAUGCUUCCUGUGCAUGGUUUGCAAGAAGAACCUGGACAGCACCACCGUGGCUGUGCACGGGGAGGAGAUCUACUGCAAGUCCUGUUAUGGCAAGAAGUACGGGCCCAAGGGCUACGGCUACGGGCAGGGUGCCGGGACCCUGAGCACCGACAAGGGCGAGUCGCUGGGAAUCAAGCAUGAGGAGACUCCUGGACACAGGCCCCUGACCAACCCCAACGCUUCCAAAUUUGCCCAGAAGAUAGGGGGUGCCGACGGGUGCCCACGAUGUGGGCAAGCUGUCUAUGCUGCGGAGAAAGUGAUUGGAGCCGGGAAGUCCUGGCACAAAUCCUGCUUCCGCUGUGCCAAGUGUGGCAAAGGCUUGGAGUCCACCACGCUGGCAGAUAAGGAUGGCGAGAUCUACUGCAAAGGCUGUUACGCCAAAAACUUUGGGCCCAAGGGUUUUGGCUUUGGCCAAGGAGCCGGAGCCCUGGUCCAUUCGGAGUGAGGGAGCAGCGCACCCAGCCAAGCCCAGCACGGAGGAUCCUUUGGCAUUGUGCAGCUUUUCUCUCUUUCUUUCUCUCUCCCCACCCUUCUUUUUCUCCACUCCUCACCAGCACCAGCAACCACAGGGUCCUACUUUCUCCUUUCUGGGUCUCUGUCCCGGGUCUGUUGGCUCCCGAGAGCUGGCAAGCUGACACUAGCUACAUGUGACAGUGGGCUGCCCAGCAUGGUUGGGAGAGGGGAUGGCCAGUGAGGGAAGGUGGGGGAGUGGUCAAGGAGCCUCCUUUCCAUCAUGGGCAGAAAAGGGGGCUGACUUCCUUCCUGAACCACUAGCCCUAUGCUUACUAGCCCUUUGAGCUGCUGUUUCUCCCUGUCCGUUUCCCACCUCCCCUAGUGGCCAAGGGUCAGGCAGAGAGGGGGACUGGAAGUGGGGAGAUGAGGAGGUAUGAAGGAGGGUGAGAGAAGCAUGAGUUCAGGGGUGGCAGAGAGAGGAUGCUCUGGGGGAGGGGGAAGAGUUCUUCCUGGGUAUAGUGGAGGGGUGGCUUUCAACUCCCUCUUGGUCAAUGAGAUACUCCACUUGCUGCCCAAGACCCCUCACACCCCUAGGGUUAAGGGAGAAGCCUCUGGCUUACUGAAGAAAGUUUCCGUCAUCCCCUGUGGGUUCCCUUCCAUCUCACACCCCAGGGACGAUUCCCCUCCCCUCGGGAUCAAACUCCCCACCCCACCCCACACACACAAAGGAGGCAGAGCUUAACCUCAUUUGCCCUCAGGAGAAGUUCUGGGGUUUGGCAGGGAAAGGGAGUCAUUUUCCUCUUCCCUCCCUCGCCCCAACACACGCACACCUUGGGGCGCAGAGAGUACAGGGUGUCCAUGCAGACCUUACACAAGCACAGCAAGAACACUAAACUGAUGGAUCUACUGUACAGGCCACGGACCCAGGUUGCCCUCAAGUCCAUCUCCUAUAUGCCAAUAAAGCUAUUAGAAAGAAA